AUGGGCAGGCAGGUUGUCGUGAAGUGGCUUAUUGAGAACGGCGCUGAAUUGGAGUUAGGCCUCGGUAGCCGGACACCGCUGUCAUAUGCUGCUGGAAAUGGACACGAGGCUGUUUGUAAGCUGCUUCUUGAGAACGGUGCUGAAAUAGAGUCAAAAGGCUCCUAUAACCGGACACCGCUGUCAUACGCUGCUGAAAAUGGACAUAAGAUUGUUUGUAAGCUGCUUCUUGAAAGCGGUGCUGAAUUAGAGUCAAAAGACUCCUAUAACCGGACACCGCUGUCAUAUGCUGCUGGAAGUGGACACGAGGCUGUUUGUAAGCUGCUUCUUGAGAACGGUGCUGAAAUAGAGUCAAAAGGCUCCUAUAACCGGACACCGCUGUCAUAUGCUGCUGAAAAUGGAUAUGAGGCUGUUUGUAAGCUGCUUCUUGAGAACGGUGCUGAAAUAGAGUCAAAAAGCUCCUAUAAUUGGACACCGCUGUCAUAUGCUGCUGAAAAUGGACAUGAGGCUGUUUCUAAGCUGCUUCUGAAGAACGGUGCUAAAUUAGGGUUAAAAGACAUCUAUAAUUGGACACCGCUGUCAUAUGCUGCUGAAAAUGGAUAUGAGGCUAUUUCUAAGUUGCUUCUGGGGAACAGCGCUGAAGUAUUGCUGGCUAUCGACUGGAUUGAUGCUGACAGAAAGGAUCAUGUUGGUCAAACACCGCUACACUUUGCUGUUUCCCAGAAUCGUCUUGCAAUCGCUACAAUACUCCUCAUGUCCGGUAAAGUCAAUGUGAACUCCCGGGACAAUGAAAAAGAACCCCUUUAUAUCGGCUCCCACCAAGCAAUUGCCAGACUUCUUAUUGACAAUGGUGCUGACGUUAACCUGAGCGGUUCCAAUGGUCGGACACCAUUAUCAUUAGCUGCUGAGAGGAGCAAUGAUCACAUUAUCAUGAUGCUACUUGAAAAAGGUGCAGCGGUUGAAGCCAAAGAUAAUACUGGCCGGACACCAUUGUCGUGGGCUGCUGAGAGUAGCAGGAAUGAGAACAGCAUUAGGAUCUUACUCGAACGGGGUGCAGAAAUUGAAUCCAAGGAUGACGCUGGCCGGACGCCAUUGUCGUGGGUUGCUGGUCGAUGCAAGCCCGAUGCCUAUGAUUUCUAUGAUACUAGUAUCAUGGAUGCUCUCGGGAUUAGUGACGGGGAGAAUGAUAUGAACAUCAUAAAGAUGUUACUUCAGGCGGGUGCGAAUGUUGAAUCCAAGGAUAUAAAUGGCCGGACACCACUGUCAUGGGCUGCUCAGGGUCCGUCUGAAAAAAUUCCUAUCCAAGUUCUCCCUAAAGAGCAAGAAGAGGGACAUGUGAAUCUAGGAACAUAUACUUCCACUCGGGAGAUUCGUGAUAUCAUAGAGCUCCUUCUUGAGGCGGGUGCUGAUCUCAAUGCAAAAGACCACCAUGGCCGGACUCCACUGCGAUGGGCUACUGAUUGUGGUAAUGAAAAAGUCGUCAAACUUCUGGAAUCUGCGGGUGCCAUACAGUAA